AUGGUCGAGAAUAGCGAUGGCAUGCUACGGAUAUUCUGGCCGAACAGUCUUACUCGGACAACCGCACCCGGAGUAAUAGUAGGAUGGAAGAAUUCAGAAUUGGAUUUCUUUGUGAUAACUGUCUUGGAGGAUGUCGAGGUCCGAAAUGUCGAGUCUGCGCUGCGGAUAGGCACACUCUUUCGCAACAGUCCAUAUCCCGUGGCUAGGAUCUUCCAACUUUGCGACCGAUCCGCCAUGCACGUCCUGGGCACGCUCAAUCAUCCAGAUUUGCCCGAGAUAUAUGACCCAACCAGACUUUGUGCCUUUAUUAUGCCUGGGGAGAAAAGGCCUCGCAUAUACUGUCCAGCAAGAGCGGAAAUCUCGGUGCAAGUCGUUCUCUUCGAUCCACCAAAUCCAACUCAAAUGCAAUACAUGUCUCUUACGCCAAUAUCCCUUGCUCUCGGUCGGGAUUAUUACUCGGAAAGAGCCCCCCUGUAUUUUCCGGAUGAGGUGGAGGUGCAAGCAGAGAGAGAGCAUGAGAGAGUGACUCAGCUGGUCAACAAGCUCCGAUACCAUACCGUUGUGCGACAUCGGUCAACAAAAAAGGAGCUUGCCUUGAACGCGAUCCUGCGGCAAAUCAACUGUGCGCAGGAAGUUGCCGAUUUGUUACAAAAGAAUACGCCCCUGGUGGGACCGCGUAGGAAGAGAAGCUUGUCAGUCAGUGAAAGGGUCGUCGAGUCGGCACAGUCUCUCUACGCCUUUGCUGCGUGGACUGUCUGGACACUUUUCAUGACAUACGCCUUCCCGACUCUAUUGUCCUUAUUCAAGAUUGCCAUCAUUGGGCAUCGCAUCCUUGCUGAAGGCAUCCUGCAGAUCCUUGAAUGGCCAUUGCCAUUGCAGAGACUACAGCUCCCGGAAAGUCGACGAUCAUUCAACGGAACUGUUGCCCUGAAGGACAUCUCGGCCUGCUGCCAACAGGUCCACUUGCGGCUCCAACAAUUUUCCUACUAUCCAACGCAGUAUGCGCUUCUGCGGCGACGACAUGCGACUUGGUCUUCUUUUCCUACGAGCAACAGCGAUUACAUUCGAUUCUACAACUCUCUCUGGCUGGUUGCGAACGACGUUAUCAUUGGCAUAGCCCUAGGAAGUUUUCUCAGCGACAAUGCUCAAACCGCGUCGGAGUUCAUCGGCGGAAUACUCGACGAGUACACAAUUGAAGGGCUGAGACGAAUGAUCCGAUGGCUUAUGUCGUUUCCUGGUGGUCUCAAGUUGAAUACCGAACUGGCAGCAUUUCUGGGUGAUUUGUUUCUGUGGGUUAUUGAGUAUUGGUCCUCGACAACCGUUAUGCUCGUUUUGCCACGAUUACCGACAAUUGUAUAUUUCAUUGGAAUUUCCUCCUUCGCCGGGGCGAGCAUGCCGAUCGCCAUCUUUUCCGACCUGCUCAGUCUGAUGACGAUCCACAUCUACUCGUUUUAUGUGGCCAGCGCGCGCAUAUUCAACUGGCAGCUCACCAUCAUCAUCAGCCUUUUCCAUCUGUUCCGUGGCAAGAAGAGAAAUGUGCUGCGCAAUCGCAUCGACAACUGCGACUAUGAUCUGGACCAGCUCCUUCUCGGUACAAUCUUGUUCACGUUGCUAUUUUUCCUGCUCCCAACUGUGGUCGUCUUCUAUUUGACGUUCGCCUCGGCUCGAAUGGCAAUCAUAUCAUUGAAGGCAACUCUGGACACUUGCCUCGCAUGCCUCAAUCAUUUUCCUUUGUUUGCGUUGAUGCUCAGGCUCAAGGAUAGCAAGAGGUUACCAGGGGGGGUGCACUUUGAACUCUUGGACGCCGAGCAACAUCGACUUCAGUGGCAGGAAGAGACAGAGCGCGAUGCUAGCAAAGAGGACGACGCAGACGUCGACGUCGACGUCGACGACCAGCAUGAACAAUCCGAAUCGAGUGUCGCGUACGUGCGUCUCUCCUCCACCCCUUUGUCACUGCGACACAUCUUCGAACAAUAUUUCCAGCUCUGGGCACGGAUCCGUCAACACUAUCUCUCACCCAAGGUGGUCUUUAGACUUUUGACGGGUCGUUUUGUGCCGCCUCUGGGCAGAAGCGAGAUGUAUGGGCUGCAGUAUUCGGUACUUCCAAGAGAGCGUGCGACAAUCUCUGAGGUCUGGAAGAGCUUGAGUGAGACCAUGACCGCGGGCGCAGUGUCGGGCAGUAGCCAUGCGCAUUCACAUCUACAAGAAGGAUCUCUAGGCAGUCAUGGCAGAGCCAUCGGCAAGCGAUGGGGAUGA